CUGGCAGCAGAGGAGGGGAGGAGGGAGGGGGGGGCUUCCAGACUGGAUGGGCCCAGCAAUGCCUUGAUGGAGCAUGGGCCAGGUUUUAGGAUUCUCCCACUGCCAGGAAUAUGGCUCCGUGGCCUCCACUCCAGACUCCACACCUCCCUGCACCGAUGGCGGAAACGAGGAGUCCGAGUUAUAUGAGCUGCAGACAGCCAGAGAGUGGUCCGACGACGACGACGGUGGAGACGGAGAUCCAGACGAUGACGAGGGACUGGGUUCAUCCCCGUCCAUCUGGGGCACACCCCGCCAGAGCUCCUUCGAGCUGACCUUCUCUUACAUCGCCAUCGCCGAGGCCGAGGCGGUGGGAGCGUCACGGCACCUCCGCGACCGUCGCAGGGGCGGCUCUAGGGGAAGUCGCACGCCUCUGCUCCGCACAGACACCUUGGAGACACUGUUGGACUCCCCCGAUUCGGACUGGGAUCCGCAAGCCUUCCUCGGCCGAGAGGAGGAGGAGGACACGUCAGAAAGGAGCGAGCAGGAGACGCUUGACGGGGAGACGGCGAGCUCCACGGGAAGGAGGGGAAGGGAGCGAACCGAGAGUAUUGGGAUCCAGCCUUGUCCACCGGACCUGGACAGAGAGACUCAAGACAGGGACGAGGAAGUCCAAGGGGAGGAGAGUGUGACCCAGACUGUCCGGCCUCCCACUCCGACCCUAACGUCCCAGGAGCAGAGCUCCUCGCAGAUACUUCAGGCAGCAUCAUCCUCAUCAACCCCUGAGCCAGAGUCUCCUGUCACCAGGGAAGCCAUUUCAGUCAAGCUGCUCACAUCUGUGCGACCCAGGGGCCCAGCGACCACGUCGCCGGCUGCCGUCGGCCUAAACUCUCAGGAAGAACUGGUCAGCGAGCACUGGUUUUCAGCACUUAACCUAACAGAGGACCCAGCAGUAUGGACACACAUAGCAGUGAUGGACCUGAUCUACUGGAAGGACACGGAGCGGACCGGCAUGGUGCUCACAGGGUUGGUGGUGGGCUUGCUCUCCCUGUUCCAGCUCAGCAUCAUCACGGUGGUCUCCACGGUGUCACUGGCCGUCAUGUGCUUCACCAUCUCAGUGCGCAUCUACUACCAGUUACUGUACGUCCUCAGCUGGGGAGACGGAGAGCAUCCCUUCAAGUCGUACUUGGACCUGGACGUCAGUUUCCACGGAGAGCAGGCCGACCUCUAUAUGCAGAAAGCUAUUGUCAUGACUCUGUCCGCUGUUGAUAGUCUGAAGAAACUCUUUUUUGUUGAUAGCCUUUUUGAAUCCCUCAAGUUGCUGUUUCUGAUGUACCUUGUCACGUACCUGGGAGACCUGUGUAAUGGCCUUACUCUGCUCAUCAUCAGUGUGAUCGCUCUCUUUUCUCUACCACUUUUCUACACUAGACAUCAGGAGCAGGUUGACGAAGUCAUUGCAAAAAUCCAGGGCCGCAUCGACAAUGCCAAGGACUUUCUGCAAAGACUUGUCCAGGGUGGCGGCCCUCCCCCUGAUCCAACUCCCGGCGGCGCCAAACCCAAAAGCCAGUAAACGCUCACGGACGCAACAUGUUAACGAGAAGCUACCAGACUGUCACUCAGAUGUCUUACUCAGCAGUCUGUGCUCCGAGCUCUGGAGAACGGAGCUCCGGAGACCCGGGGGAAGGGAAGGGAGGUUAUUUAAAUGAACGACGAUGAGGACUUCGCAUGGUACUUUAUACUCUAACUGUAUCUACCUUAAAGGGGUUAGAGGACGGGGUUGAGAUCAUUCUUCUUCACGGUGAAAUCAAGGUGUAUGAAUCCUGGAUGAGACGGAGGAGACAUCCGACAACGCAUCUCGUCACGUCCGACCAUCUUUGGAAAUAUUGUUUUUAAUAUGUAAAAAUGACUCAGUAAGUGUCUUAGAUGGAGCUGUGGUCCAUAUGAGGUACUAAGACAGAGAAUGGGAACUCAGUUGUUGCUGUGGUUUCCAUGAAUUGACAAAAACGGGGGUCGUCGUUGAUGGCGGCGGCAGAAAACCUGGGACGCAUUUGUCGGCACGCGGCUGUUUCUGAAAGCAUAUUCAUCCUCAUGACUGUUUAUCUGUGUGUGCGUGUGUGAGUGUAAGAGUGUGUGGUUCCCGUCAUACAGCUUGCUGAAAUCGAAAUGUCACCCACAAGCAAUUAAAGUCACGUUUUGUCUUUAUUUUCCAAACCA